CGACGUACACGUUUUCGCGAUGAAAACGUCGGCCGCAACCUCUCUAUUUACGGUCCAAACAUGCUGUUUAUAGUGUUAAAAUGAUCUUUGUCUCUGUAUUUAUUCGUUUAGUUAUUGCGGUUUCGUUCGUAUUGGAUCUGCAUUAAUGUGCUUUUAUCUUAAACUGUCACUCUUUUGUAUUAAACUGAGUAAUCGUGUUAACCGCCGGAUUAUUGCGUGUCGUAGUCUUCAUGUGAUAAGUACGAUUAAUGUAAAGACCGGAAAUAUUAAUCAGGUCGAAAUUUUCCAUAUUUAUGCAUUCUCUGUAGCAAUGGUUUGUGGCAUGCUGUGAAAUAGUAAAAAUUUUUCUGUGUACAAUAUUAAAAAUUUUUCUGUUGUGUUUUGUGUACAAUAUUAAAAAUGCAUUAUUUUAUAUUACGAAUAGAUAUUUGCUGUAAUAACUAUUAAACUGUAGUGGGCCAACCGUAACAUUUACAAUUCAACCAGAACACAUUUCAGAAUCUAUGAAAUCGGGUCUAAAACUGAUUGAACUUUGGCAAUUUAAAGAUUAGUUCUACAAUCAUAUAUCAGGGGCAUCUGGUCUCUCUACCUAUAGGCCCAGCUAUUAUUUGAUUGUGAAUGUAAUAAUUCUUAAUACAAAUAGGUUUAUUUUUCUUUUAAAAUAUACUUUCAUAAUAAUUAUAACAUCUCUUGCAUGCACUGUUUGAUAACCACUGGUGUAUAUAGUCAAAAUAGUCCAAUAUUGUGUACAUUUAUUGAUUUAGCUAUCCAGAUUUUACCUAUUUCUAACUAAAUGUUUAUGAUUUUACAAAGAACUGAGUUAUGGAUCCACUUAUGACAAGUGUUUGCAUGCCAGUUGUUACAUGUACUAACCUACAUUCGACAGAUAAGCAACAUGCUACAACUACAAAAUAUGUUGGCUGUGCUUUCAUUUAAAAAGAAUGAUUCUAUCAAAAUUUUAUUAGUUAAAUUUUAAUUGUUAUUACAAUUUUCAGAAUGCAAAUAUUAAAAGUGAAAGCUAAAUUUACAUUAAAUUUGUCUUAUUUUUGAAUUUCAUACAUAAUUCUUCAUUUUAAAUACGGAAUGAUAUUGCUGUAUGAUAGCAAUUUGGAACAAUAUCUCUCAAGUGUGCAACCGAAUUAUUUUUUUUUUUUGCUAUUUAAAUUGUUAGUUCGGGUAAUUCUGUCAUUAUUUACACUAUAAAUAAUGACAGAAUUUUUCUUUACUUUAUCAAAAUAAUUUAAGAAUUUUUAUCUGUAGCUAGAAAUGUUACUGCGUGAUAAAUAUGGCUUUCCCUUAACGACUUUAUCAUUUUAAAAAUAAACACGCCGACCUCUGAAUCGGAAUUGGUUACUCUCUAAUGGGAAAUAUGCUCGAAACUUAGGAAACUUAGCACUUUGCUAUUUAAAUUAUUUGGUUUUUAUUUUAUGUAGUUUUAAAAUAUAAUUGUUUCUAUUGAAAUUUGAUGCUGAGUACUAAGUUUAAAUUACUAGCCACAGUUUAAUUAAAUGUGAUUAAUGAUUAUUGUAGACACUUCAACAGGUUAACAUCAUUAGUUAGUGAGUAAUGUGAAACUUUUUAUAUUUUUCACACUCACUGAGUUGUAAUGUCAACAAUGAAUAAAAGCAAACAAUGUUUUUAGGGGCAUGUUUUUGGAUAAAACUGCAAUGUAAAGUACGUAAAAUUACUUUAUUUGUAUAUUUUAUUGACUAUGAUUGGUUCAUACCAAUCAAAUAAUCAUGCAGAAUCGCAGAAUCAUAGCAAAAGAAUAUAAUAAUCUAAUACAAUCUUUAUUCCUGAAUAUUCUAAAUUUAAAUUUAUUAUUACAUUUAACAAGAUGACGGUCUGUCAAAUUGCUUAAUAAUUGUGUAGCUUGCAGUCUGAAAAAGAAUCCGGUUGUUUCAUUUUGUAUUUGUAAUAACUAUCAGGAAGCUUCAGGAAAAUGAAGUGAGGUUCUAACAUUUUCAAAUAUUUAAAAUAAUUUGUCAGUCUGUUGACAUGAAUAUUCUAUACGCAUUUGAAAUUGGAUCUUGGAAAAUAAAGAAAGCGAGACAUGGCAGUCCCACCAAUUCCACCCCGUUCAGGAUUUAUGAAAUCAUGGACAGAAGGUACGGAAUCGAAUAUAUGGGGAACCAAAGAUUGGAGUAAUCAUCUUGCCACUAGUUUGUCCGUGCAGCCGAAUUUGUCUCAAAGGACAGAUCAGGAUAAGCAGACACCCCUUGCCACUUCCUACAAUGGAGAAGGGAGUCGGUCGUCACCACCACCACCACUGCCACCACGUCAGUGGAACAGACCAAUGCAGACAAGUAAAAUGAAAGAAAUAAACGAGUUACUUUUGGUUCCACCUCCACCAUCGGGGCGUAAUUUCCAAAAGCAUGAAGACUUGAUUAGGUUCAGUGGAAUUUCUCAAGAUGUUCAAAAAAGUCAUUCAUCAGCUGGAUUGUUGUUUAAUUCUUCGAAUGUAAACAUUGACUGUACAUCUCAGAAAGUUUUCUUUGAUAAUACAAAGACCUCUUCUACAUUUUUGCAUACCGAUCAGUCAAAAAGUGUUUUUUAUACCCAAUCAAAUGCGUCGGGCCAACUAAAAGUGCCUUAUCUCAAUGCAGCUACCAAUGACAUUCAGCAUAGUAGAUCUGAGCCUAAUCUUGGGAAUUUCCUUGUCAAAACUGGAGAACGCCAACCCAUACAGGCAAGAUUCAAUACUUUACAGAAACGUUCUACAAGAGGAGCAGUGGAAUCUAAUUUGGAAAAUGUUUUAAAUUUCAUGAAGAAGAAGAGAGAUAGCAAUCUUAUAGAUCUAUAUUGCGGGGAGGAUGAUAUGAUAAAGCAGUGUUCAAAUACACAAGCAUCUAAAAUGUUUGAGAAUGAUAUAUUGAAAUUAUUUGAUCCAUUGUCCAUCAAUAUCGACUCUCCAUUCUUAGAUUCAGUAGAUGAAACUCAGUUAGAAAGCAAUAUAGAAACAUCUUUUGGGGGAAGAAUAAAAAGUAUCAUAUCACCAACAAUGCCACCAGAAUGGAAUGAUGACUUUAGUAAAAAGACUUUUGUCGACGAUGUCUUUGAAACUGUUGAUGGAGAGAGAAGUAAAGAAAACUGUUGGGAAAAUGAUCCUGCUUGUUCUCGAAUACCAGAAUUAAAAGUAUCUAAAAAGGCAUCGGUGUGUAAUUCAGAAAUUCAAGAUUUCUGUACCAGACUUAUCGUACUCAGAAGCGAGUUUCCGUACGACGAUUAUCACACCAAUGUGGGUUUGGUUAUAAGUCCAUCUAUAGACAGUUACAGAGAAGAUACAUUAAGCAUUAAACUGGUCAUUCAUUCCACUAUAUCGGACCAACCGGUAUCAUUUACGUGCGAUGUGAAUACUAGUGUUGAGCACAUAAUAAGCCAUGCCAUUUGCACUAUAUUUGAUAACAUCAGCAACAUGAACAUGGAUGAUUUUGUGCUCAAAAUUUAUGGCUUGUCGGAAUAUUUCUCUGCCGAUUCUGUGUUAGCUAAUUAUGAAUAUGUUCAUCUGUGUCACAAAUUCGAUAAAGUAGUAGAGUUAAUGCUGAUAGAAACAAAAGACUUGCAAAGGCCCUUAGCUAGAACACUUCAAGAUGAUAACAAUGAUAUUAAUUGUAAACCAGAAAGUCUCCUCCAUAUUUUUAGUCAGGGUGUAAUCAGUUGCGAUUCGGUAAAUAUUCUACUUGACACACUAAGCAAAGAAGUCGAAAAGAUGAAAAUAUGUGCCAGUAAGUUAAACAGAGAAACGUUACAUCCGCAAGGCGUGAUUCAAGCCGUGAAGGCUAUAUGUACGUUAUUGUGUCACAUAGAAACUGUAGAAAUUACUGAUGCCGUGGAGAGCUUAAUUCAAGUAUGUCUUUUAUUUGGGAAAUCAGAACCUGUCAUGGAACUAGAUUUGUUGGUAUCAAAAACUAACACUUCCGACACUAACAGCGAAACUAAAACAAAGUUACUACAGCUUUUAAAUCUCGCUCUUGUACAUUUACACGAAGCUGUCAAUCAGUUAUUAUCUUUAUAUUCUCAAACAUUUAAAGUUGAUUUCGAUGUUUCAAAGCCACCUGCUAUAAAUUCUCCCGUGAAAGAUAUUUCAAGUUUUCUAGACACACUUUUGUUCCAGAUUGGGUUGAUCCAUCGAAUUCCACCUCAGUGGAUUACUUUGUUUGAACACUUCCAAGUAGUGUGCGACAUGUGGCACGGAGAAAAUCAUCUCGGUGUGGUAGAAACAAAAACUGUUGUGACGAGCAAGAGCUUUUUUCAUCGUGUAUUAUUUGAUGAAUGGCUUCAGUUUGAGACAAUUCCAAUGUGCAUGCUUCCUCGUGAAGUUAGACUUCAGUUUACAUUUUUGGGACUGCGAAUGGAUCAGUCAGAUUCAAAAACUCAAGAAUCAAAUCAACAGAUUAAAACUGUGCUAGGGUGGUGUGGAAUUUAUUUGUUUAACUAUCAGCAUGAGUUGGUACAGGGGAGUUACCUUCUCGGCCUGUGGCCAGAUGAAGUUCCUAAAGGUUCGGGCCCAUCUUUAUCUAAUGAAAACAGCCACUGUCCUUUACUCCAAUUAAAUUUUCCUGAUUUUGGCUGUAAAGUAAAAUUUCCGGUGGUCAUUCAAAACGAAUUUUCUUCCAGCAACAAGAGAAAUUUUGAAACUUUAAAUGUGUCAAUACAGUCACAACUGAUGGAAAUUAUUGAACACGAUCCUCUCAUUUCACUCACCGCCGAGGAGAAGGAACUUAUUUGGGAAAAACGGCACUAUCUCUACGACAUACCUAGAGCUUUACCAAAAGUAUUGUUAUCUGCACAUGGCUGGGAUUGGGCCUGUCUAUCAGAUAUUUAUGGAAUGCUCCAAGAAUGGAAGCCUCUUCCGCCAAUUGAAGCAUUGAUGCUUCUCUUGCCAAGUUUUGCGGAUAUUGAAGUGCGUCGUUCUGCCAUAAGUUGGAUGAAAAGUAUUGUGAGUGAUGAGUUGUGUGAUUAUCUUCCUCAAAUGGUACAAGCACUGAGAUACGAAGUCUGGGAGGAUUCUCCUUUGGUCUGGUUUCUUCUUGAGAGAUCACUGACUAGUAUAAGAGUUGCACAUCAUUUGUACUGGCUCCUCCAACAAACAAUCGAUGAUCCACUUGCAGGGGAGAGGAUGCAUUUGAUUCUGAAUGCACUUCUCGUAAUUUCUGGAAAAGCUAUGCGAGAAAGAAUAGAAACUCAACAACUUCUACUCCAUAAUCUCUCGAAUGUAGCUGAUAGCAUCAAAAGUACAAAAGAAUCUAUGAGACUCAAUAAUUUAUUUCACGAACUGGAAGUGGCUCAUCAUUCCCUAAGUGACAGCCCUACUUGUCUUCCCCUGACUCCGAGUUUAGAGGUUUGUGGCAUAGAUGUAAAAUCGUGCUCGUACUUUACAUCCAACACUCUACCUUUGAAAUUGGUAUUUCGCAGCAAAGAAUCUAAUGCAAAGUGCAUCGAAGCCAUCUAUAAAGUGGGAGAUGAUCUGCGACAGGAUAUGCUCACUCUACAAAUGAUCAGAAUUAUGGACAAGAUGUGGUUGAAAGAAGGUCUCGAUUUGAAAAUUGUGACGUUUAUGUGCAUUGCCACAGCUCACAAGAAGGGUAUGGUCGAAAUGGUUCUUGAAGCAGAAACAUUAAGGAAAAUCCAAACUGAACAUGGUCUCACUGGCUCUUUCAAAGAUCGCCCAAUUGCAGAGUGGUUGCAGAAGUAUAACACUUCAGAACUGGAAUAUCAGCAAGCCGUAGAAAAUUUCACAAUGUCAUGUGCAGGUUAUUGUGUUGCUACUUAUGUGCUUGGUAUCUGUGACAGGCAUAAUGACAACAUUAUGCUGAAAACAUCUGGUCAUAUCUUUCACAUAGAUUUUGGUAAGUUUUUAGGAGAUGCACAAAUGUUUGGCAACAUAAAACGAGACCGGACACCAUUCGUACUAACUUCGGAUAUGGCUUACGUAAUAAAUGGAGGUGUACAACCUACAAAACGAUUUCAGAAUUUUAUAGAUUUGUGUUGUCAAGCGUUUAACAUUGUCCGAAAAAAUAGCAAUAUAUUUUUAAAUUUAUUCUCUCUGAUGGUAUCGUCGGGCAUUCCUGGCGUCACAAUGGACGCCUUGGGAUAUGUGCAGAAGGCACUGUUGCCCGGCCUGUCAGAAGCCGAAGCAACCUCGCAUUUCACACGUAUGAUCGAAGGAAGUUUGAAAUCGUGGACCACACAGUUCAAUUUUUUUAUGCAUAAUCUAGCUCAAUUAAGAUUUACUGGAGACCAUAAUGACGGGCUACUACUGUCAUUUAUACCAAAGCUAUUUACCAAAGAAACGGACGGAAGGCUAAUUUCCGUGGAGGUGGUGGGUUGCCAAAAGAGAUUUGACCCCGAUAAGUAUUAUGUAUAUAUAAUUAAAUUACAUAGAGAGAAUCAAGUAGAUCCAAUGUACAUCAUCCGUUCAUAUCGAGAAUUUGUAGAAUUUCACCAGAAAAUGUGCAUGAUGUUUCCUCUGGCCAAAUUUCAUCCAUUGCCACGCAAUCCACUGAUGGGAAGAACUAAUGUCCGAGAAGUGGCUGAAAGGAGAAAAGUGGAAAUUGGCAUUUUUCUAGAGACUCUGAUGGAAAUGGCAGACGAAAUUUCACACUGCAGCAUUGUUUAUACUUUCUUUCACCCCAUACUGAGGGACCAAGAGGGGAUGUCCCCGAAUCUGCCAAGUCCAGACUAUAAAGAGACGCUGAGAAAGAAUACGGGAGACAUUAGAGGACAGGUGAAAUUGUCAAUCGUAUACAAGAAGAAGAGUUUCUUUGUAAUGGUCAUGCAUGCCAAAAAUUUAAGCUCAUCUAAAGGUAAUGCACCGGAUGCCUAUGUCAAAAUUUAUCUGCUGCCCGAUCCCACAAAGGUCACAAAGCGGAAGACAAAGGUGGUGUUCAAGAACAAUCAUCCGACAUUCAUGGAAAUGCUGGCCUACAGCCUUCCAUUGGAUAUCGUCACAAGGCGCACACUACACGUUUCUAUUUGGAAUUACGACAGGAUGCAGGAGAAUGAAUUUUUAGGUGCAGUCAACAUUAGUUUGGAUGAGAUUAACAUACAAAAGGAAACAGUCAAGUGGUACCAACUUGGUGACAUGUGACAAGUGUAAAAGUGUUUUAGUAAAAAUGAGUUCCCAUGAGUUCAAUUGUGCAUAUCUGAAUUUUUGUGGACACAUUGUUUUUUAUAUUGCAUUAUACUUGUUAUUCUGUGAUAAAGAAUCAUGCAUUAAAUUGUUUUUUAUACUAGCUAUUGUCAAGGCAGUUUUAUACUAUAUUUGUCAUGACAGCAAUAAAACGUUUUACAGCAAUGUUUCGACCUCUAAUUUCUAUUAAAAGAAAAGAACAAUUACAAAUGUCUGAUGGUUUAUUGUAUACAAUUUAGUGAGAACAUGAAA